CAUCAUUAUCCUGACUACCUCGCUCACCAAGUAACAUCGUCAAGCGUUUGGCUGUCGUUCCGAAUAUUCAACUGAAUAUGCCGUUCCGACUUCGUUCUCGAGCGCUCAUUCGGUAUACAUAGCUGGGCUCCCUGUUUCGCCGAUGGUACCCCUUGCCCCUCCGCACACUAUAACCGCCUCUCUAUAGAAACAUCGUGGGCCUACAGUUCUCUGGCUUUGGCGUUGCUUCAUAAUAGAAACAAUAAUGCCGAACCCGGCCCAUCUACCAAGGGAACUAUUCAAUAAGGUCAUAGGCUACGCAAUCGAUGGCAGAAGCGACGUUAACUCGCUUUGCAACCUUUCCCGCGUCGAUCGCGAGUGGCACGACAUUCUGAUCACUCGAAUCUAUUCAAGAUGGUUGUACGACGUACUCGCUCCUCAAUUACUUCUUUGUGGAAGUUCUUCCGCACAAUAAUGGGCCGCGAGAAUAUCACAAAGAAAGUGCGUACCCUGCACAUUCGCAAUUGGACAUUUGGGCUCGUCCAUGGACGCAGUCGUUUCGUAUUCCCUGAAGACGGUUGGGAAGUCGAACUGGUCCGGGACGCAAUCCGUAUGGCCGGAAUUGAGCACCUAGAGAGGGAUGUCAUGGAAGCCCUACGCAAAAGCGAUCCCAGGCCACUGAUGGCCCUGAUGCUGACACGCCUGGCAGAGUUAACAACAUUGUACGUUCAUUUGCCAGAAACGGAAAUUUUCCUCGCCGCAGUGCUCAAAAAGACCCUGGAGGGUCAACAAGACGAAUCUCACAACGGACAUCUACCACUGCAAAGGCUGGAGGAGGUCCAUCUUACCAGCGCUUGGAAUUACCGGAAAGACUGGCGCGCUCGUGACAACUAUGAGCUCAGACUUGACCAUUUAUGGCCGGUAUUGCAACUACCAAGUCUCCGCAAGGUCUCUCUUUUCGACUUCGAGCCACUUGGAGCGUCAGCUCGCUUCGGAAACAGUACUCGGACUUCUGGUAUCAAGGACUUGACCAUUGUUCACCACAAUGAUUCCCAGCUUACAGCGGCCGACGCACUAGCCCUUCUCGCUUUCCCCAAGGCUCUAACGCGCCUUUCAAUCUAUCUGAAUGACUGCAACGUGCCGCAGGAGAAACCUAGACAGCUCUCCAACGCCGAUCUGUGGACGAAUCUGAGACCCCACCGGAACUCCCUUGAGCGUCUGGACUUUUACCGCGACUGUACCGCGUGCAGCCCACCACUGCACAGCCCUGCGAACUCAUAUUUUGAAUCUCUGCGUGCAUUCACGCGCCUGAAAAGUCUCUGCGUUCAGGCAGAAGCGCUGCUGGGCGGUUAUUGUGAAGAUGACUUGGCUCCUUUCCGCUUGAAAGACACAUUGCCCCCGAACCUCGAGUCGUUAACCAUCUACGGAGACGAGGGACUGUCAACUAACAAAACCCUGGGCGAGCAGCUGCAAGAGGUCGUGAGGAGUGCAGACUUCCCGCGGCUUAACCGCGUGGUUUUGGAAACAACGUCCGAUGGCAUUGACUGCUAUACGUAUCCUGCAGCUCCACCGCAUGAGGAAGUAGAACGAGUGUGCAGAGAACGGGGCGUUCAGUUCAAGACAAUGAAGACUUCGUCGCUAACCAGGGGAGGUAUCGGGCUCCGAUACUACAGAUACGUUAAAAAAAAAACGCGUCGUGAAAUGAUUUCGCAGACGGCGAAGUGAGGUUCGCUUUGUUUGAGCGCCUUGUUCGGUUGCGAGCGGCUACGUCUGCGGAUGCACGGCUACCUCUAACCAAACCGCCAGAGC